CCCACACACAUCUCUUCUCCAUUCAAAUGGCAAGCCCAUCAAACCCUUCUUCAUUUUCUUCUUCUUCUUCAGCACCUCAAAAUCAAGACUCGCAUGCAUUUAAUGCGAAUGUUUCUAACUUCGUUUCUGUGAAGCUUUCCAGUGAACGAAACUACCAUCUAUGGGAGAAGCAGAUGGGGUGCCUCCUGAAGAGUUACAAUCUCUAUGGCAUUGUAUGUGAUCCAAGUACCCCAGACUUGAUCGAUACUCCACCUAACAGUAUUGUCAAGGGUUGGAUUUUCAGUACGAUCAGUGAAGAGCUCCUUAACACUGUUUUUAAUAUUGAAUCAGCUAAAGAGGUUUGGGACAAACUAAAAUCCAUCUACGAUCCAACUAUCACGCAUUCUACAAAAGCAGAAACAAAGACUGAAACUAGUCAAGAUGAAAGCGCAGUUCCAAAAGAUCCACUAACACCAUUUGAAGAAUUUGUGAUGAAAAAGGAAGAAGAAAUCAGGAGCAAAUUUGCAAGGUAUAAAAAGAUGGCAAAGAUGGCAAGGGAGGCUAUUGGGGGGAUAUUAAAAGAAAGAAAACCUAAAGUCCAAAUGACAGAAGAUGAAAAGACGAAACGCAACAAGAAGUUGUCUAGUGCUAUUGUGGAAGGGAGAUGGGAUGACGUAGAAUCCAUGAUAAAUGAAGACGAAGAUGUAAUCACAGAGGCAAUCGACAGUGAUGACAACAGGAUACUUCAUAUAGUGGUUGGGAUCGGUCAUAACUCUUUUGUGAGUGAGAUGUUAUCAAAAAUCAAAGACGCAAAAUUACCUAGAAUGAAAAAUAAAAAUGGAAGCACAGCCCUUCAUAUUGCUGCAAUAGUCGGAAACACAGAAGGAGCAAAGCUCUUGAUUAAAAGAAACAGAAAGUUGUUGGUAACAGAAGACAAUAAAUGUGAAACACCUUUGCAUAAAGCUUUUGAAAAUAUGCAUCUGGAUACCGUUGAAUAUUUGUUGAAAGCCACCAAUGAAGAUGGAAAAAACAAGAAAAUGUCUAACCCCAUUGAUGUAAAAAAAGGUUCCAACCUUCUUGCUAAUGCUGUCUCUGCAAAGCAGUAUGAUUUAGCAAAGGAGUUAAUUCAAAAGUAUCCUCAAUUUGUUGUGGAAGACGAUGAGGUACUGAUGGCAAUACCAAAAACCUUUCCGACUGGGCUAGACCAUUGGGAAACACUUAUAUAUCCAAUUCCGGAUCAUAUUUUUGAAUGGAUGGUCGAGAGAGCUAGGAUGUUGUUUUAUGCAUUAGUAAGGUUCCACAGAAUCCCAAUGAAAAUCAUAGAGGAUAUACCUAACAACAUGAUUUGGAGUAUUUUGAAACUCGUACAAUUCACCAUUAUAAAGGUUCCAUUAUAUGUGCUAUCUUGGAUCUAUUGUUUGAUAAUUCUCCUCUUCAUAACGAUGGUUUAUUUUCCAUUCUUUAUGCUUUAUUUUUCCUUGUGGACGAUUUUAAAAACACAAUUUAAAUACAUUGAUGAUAUCGAGAAGAAACACAGGGAACCCGAAGAAGCAAAACAAGUUUUAAAAUUGGUAUGUGAUGAAAUCGACAAUUUAAAGACCCCUGGUAAACCUCAUGAUCCUCGAUAUUACGCAAGACCUGUUCAUGAAGCAGCACGUCAAGAUGCUUAUGAGGUUGUUGAUGAGAUUUUAAUGAGAUGCCCCGAAGCAAUUAGGUAUAAAGAUAAAAAUGGUUAUGACAUCAUCCAGUUAGCAGUAAUACACCGUUCAGAAAAUAUCUACGAGCUUAUCAAUAUCCUUGGAGAGCGUAGGAAUGUUUAUAGAACUAUCGAAGAUUCUUCACAAAACAAUAUGUUACACUUGGUUGGAAGAUUAGCUCCCACUCAUAAACUAAAGCUUAGAACUGGUGCAGCAUUACAACUACAAAGAGAGCUUCAAUGGCGUGAGGUGGUGAAGAAGAUGGUAUCUCCUGCAUACAUUACUAAAGAGAAUAUUUUUAAUGAGACACCGGAUAUGGUAUUCACAAAGGAACACAAACAUUUGGUGAAGGAAGGAGAACAGUGGAUGAAAGCCGUAGCAGAAUCAUGCAGCAUCACUGCAGCACUGAUUGCCACAAUCGUAUUUGCAGCAGCAAUCACAGUACCAGGUGGAAGCAAGCAAGACACAGGCAUCCCUGUGUUUACAGAAAACAUUGCUUUCACAAUCUUCGCUGUAGCAGAUGCAAUCUCACUAUUUGCAUCGAGCACAGCAUUACUAAUGUUCCAGUCCAUCCUCACUGGCCGUUUUUCUGAGCAAGAUUUUCGAAUCAGUUUACCAAAACGAUUGAUUCUUGGUCUUUGCAGCUUAAUGAUAUCAACAACUGCCAUGAUGGUGGCCUUCAGCGCGACCUUGUUCUUUGUCUUUUGUCAUGGAAAACGAUGGAUGCUUGCUCCGAUAUGUGUACUAGCUUUUCUUCCGAUUGUAUCUUUUGCCACAUUUCAAAUCCCAUUGAUGGUAGAUCUCAUUCGCUCCACAUACGGCUACUACGAGUACAUCUUUGAAAAGGUAAGGAACAAAAACAGACCUAGAUUACUUCCGUAUGGCAUCCGCCUGUUUUUUGGCUAGUCAAAUAAGUGACUGGAUACACAUGCAUCUUCAAAUUACGUACCUAUAUAUUUUACUGCAUUUU